UUAGAAUAGGGUGAUAAUUAAGAGCAAAGCACCUUGCGGUCUGAAGUAAAACCACUUUCAGCUCAUGAACUCACUUUUCCCCAAAACCCUAAUUCCCUCCACUUCCCUUAGCUCCUCAACUCGUUUGACUUUGACCCUCAACUCACUGCGUCACUUCAAAGUACACUUACCUCGACUCAUGAGUUCCGACUCUUCCUAUCGUCUCUUCCAACUCAAACUCGACCCGCUCACCGGAAACUCGGAAUGGGUCGUCAUCGAAGACAAUGACGAUCUCCCUGAUUGUUCCAAGGAACCACUUUUAGCUACGACGUCGUAUCUCGACAUGCUCAACGACUCUUGCCGGAACAAAGCCUUCCGUUCAGCCAUUGAAAGAACUGUGACCAAACCUUGCCACGUGCUCGACAUCGGUGCUGGAACUGGGUUGUUGUCGAUGAUGGCUGCACGAGCGAUGGGAUUAAAUGGGACUGUAACAGCGUGCGAAUCUUAUCUUCCAAUGGCGAAGUUGAUGAGGAAAGUUUUACAUCGAAACAGUAUGGGGAAAGCCAUCAGUCUUAUUAAUAAACGUUCUGAUGAACUCGAAGUCGGUGUUGAUAUUCCUUCUCGUGCCGAUGUCCUCGUUAGUGAGAUUUUGGACUCGGAGUUAUUGGGGGAAGGGCUAAUUCCGACUCUACAACAUGCACACGAUAAGCUCUUGGUGGAAAACCCGCUAACGGUGCCGUUCCGAGCUGUUACUUAUGGCCAGCUGGUUGAAAGUACAUACCUGUGGAAGCUACACGAUUUAUCCGGUAUUGAAGCAAAAGUAUCGGAUGGUAUUCAUCUUGUUCCUACAGGCUCAGAUAGUAUUAUAUAUGUCAAAUCACGACAGUAUCCGAUGCAUUGUGAUGCUAUCAGGGAAGAAAUAAAACCGCUCUCAGAACCCUUCAAAAUAUUUGAAUUUGACUUUUGGAAACGGCCAGAAAGCAAUGGAGAAACCAAGGUGCAGGUCCAGGUGAUUGAUGACGGUAACAUUCAUGCCGUAGUUUCAUGGUGGGUUCUUCAACUUGAUCGUGAAGGAAUGGUUUUUUAUUCUACUGCCCCUAGAUGGAUAAAUUCACCGGCUAAUAUAGGAUAUCGGGAUUGGUGUGACCAUUGGAAGCAGUGUGUUUGGUUCUUUCGAGGGAAAGGUAUGUCCGUGUCCCGGGGAGAAGAAGUUCUUUUGGAAGCUACUCAUACAGAGACUAGUGUUUCAUAUAAUCUCAAUGUCCAAGUCCCUAAAACUGAUACAAGGCAGCAUGAUCACAACAUUCGGGAUUUUCAGCUGUUAUUGUCUCCGGAAAGAAUUGCAAUUUAUGGAGACAGUAAAUGGCGAUCAUCUGUGUUGGCAGCAGUGAGAAAUGCCUUGCAGGGAAGAGUUAACCCGUUAUGUGUUGUUGUUGAUGAUAGCAUUUUCUUAACACUUCUUGCUGCAAAUCUUUCAAAAACGUCUCAUGUACUAUCAUUGUUUCCGGGGUUGAGAGAAAAAGGUGCCCAAUAUUUGGAAAAUGUUGUUAAGGCAAACGGUUUCUCUAUGGACCGUGUAGAAGUACCUGAAAAAAGGAAACCUUGUUUGACAUUGCACGAUACUCAUGGGAAAAAGGUUGAUAUGUUGAUUGGAGAACCGUAUUAUUAUGCAAAUGAAGGGAUGCUUCCAUGGCAGAACCUGCGGUUUUGGAAGGACCGUACCUUGCUCGACCCCAUCCUUUCAGAAGAUGCGUUGAUAAUGCCUUGUAAAGGAAUCCUAAAGGCUUGUGCUAUGUCUCUCCCUGAUCUUUGGAGCAGUCGCUGUUGCUUAGGUGAUGUCGAAGGCUUUGACCACUCUAUAGUAAACACCACCCUAGGUGCAUGCGGUGAAUUACCGGCGCCGAAAGAGGGUCCCUUUCUUCCUUUCUCUAUAUGGCAAUGUGGUGAAAUUAAGGAGCUAAGUGAGAUAUUUACCAUCUUAGAAUUCGAUUGCUCGAAACCUAUAAGUUCAUGUCACGGAACAGCACAGGUUAAAUUCAUUGAAGGUGGUACAUGCCAUGGAUUUGUUCUAUGGGUGGAUUGGAUUAUGGAUACAGAUAAUUCUAUUGUAAUAUCAACUGGACCAGAGCAUAGAUAUUGGAAGCAAGGGGUUAAGCUUUUGAGCAAGCCAGUUGCAGUUGGAAUUAAUGGAUGUAAUAGCAAUAGUGAAUAUGGUUCAACCAUAGUGGAAGCCUUAUUCGAGCCAUCAAGUAGUGAACUUAUCCUUAAGCAUGCUUUUUUGUGACACUUAUAUCAUUUGGUUUGUUGGUUUUUUGGGUUAAAUUUUGCUAUUAGUUUUUGUAUCUUACGUUAAGUUGUGAAUUUAAUUAUGUAUAAUUUGGUUUUUGUAUUUUUGAAUUUUAAAAUUUUAGUACAAUCAAAAAGUUUUAAAUUCAUUAAGUUAAAA